AUGAUCUCAAGUCAGAAGGACAUGGAAAAUUGUAAGAGUUGCACCAAGGAUCAUUUUCCAAAUGAAGCUCACAUACAAUGUAUUCCUAAGACACUGAACUUUCUGGCUUUUGAAGAAUCUUUGGGCAUUACUUUUGCUGUUUUGGGUCUUUUUUUCUCUCUUACUACAGGUCUUGUCCUUGCAAUCUUCAUUAAGCAAAGGGAUACUCCUAUUGUCAAAGCCAACAAUUGUAACCUCACCUAUGUUCUCCUUAUCUCUCUCCUCCUUUGUUUUCUUUGUUCAAUUAUGUUCAUUGGACAGCCAAAUAAGUCGACCUGCCUCCUCCAACAAAUGACAUUUGGAAUAAUCUUCUCUGUUGCUAUUUCUUCUGUUUUGGCUAAAACCAUCACAGUUGUUGUAGCUUUCCUAGCCUCAAAGCCAGCAAGCAAAUUCCGUAAAUGGGUAGGGCAAAAGUUGGCCUAUUCGAUUAUCAGCUUCUGCUCGUUCAUUCAAGUAGUUAUUUGUAUUAUUUGGCUGAGUACAUUUCCCCCAUUUCCACAUUUGGACAUGGAGACACUCUUUGGAGAAAUCAUAGUCGAAUGUCAUGAAGGUUCCAUCAUCAUUUUUUACUGUGUCUUGGGCUACAUGGGCCUCUUGGCUCUUCUCAGCUUCACUGUGGCCUUCCUAGCAAGGAAGUUGCCAGACAGUUUCAACAAAGCCAAGUUCAUCACUUUAAGCAUGUUGGUUUUCUGCAGCGUUUGGCUGACCUUUGUCCCCACCUACUUGAGCACCAAAGGGAAGUACAUGGUGGCCAUGGAGAUCUUUUCUAUCCUGUCUUCCAGUGCUGGUUUACUGGGAUGCAUAUUCACCCCCAAAAUUUAUAUAAUUAUAUGGAGACCUGAACUCAACACUAGAGAGCAUUUAGUACAUAAGAAAUAA